AUCUUCUACAUAGAAUGCUAAAUCUACUACCCUUGAAGAAGAAACAUCCUGAAUUUGACUAUCUUGUUGAAUAUCUAGUGUUACUCUUUUUUUUCCCCCAGUAGUCCAUUUGUAUACCAGCUUUCACAGGUGGCAACAUGAACUAAAUUUAAGUAUUAGCUUUUAUCUAAUGAACAAACCUCAGAAACAGUGAGUUUAUUUAUCUACCUUUUUUUUUUAAUUUACCAUCACUUCUCAUGCAUAACUGCAUAAUAUAUCAUAGUCAACUUAUUUGCAAUCUAGCAGGUCUGAAAAAAAUGUAUAAUUAAGACCAUUUCUGAGAAACCAGUUGGAGACUGAGUCCUGUCCCUGUAGGAGGAUUCUUCAGCCACUAUGUCAACUCACACAGAUGUUUCUCUUUCUUCAUAUGAUGAAGAUCAGGGAUGUAAACUUAUCCGAAAAGCUAGAGAGGCACCGUUUGUUCCCAUUGCAAUGGCCAGGUUUGCAGCAAUUGUUGCAUAUGGAUUAUAUAAAUUGAAGAGCAGGGGAAAUACUAAAAUGUCUGUUCACUUGAUCCACAUGCGUGUGGCAGCCCAACACUUUGUUGUGGGAGCAAUGACUCUUGAUAUGGGGCAUUCCAUGUAUAAGGAAUUCUGGGCAAAGCCUAAACCUUAGAGGAAGAGAAGCUGUCUCAGUUUUGUUGGUGGUAUUUGCUUUACUUAGGCAUCUCAUAUUGAGUUUAUAUGUUUAUGUUGAAAAUAAAUUAUUUGAAUGGGUCA